ACAACAACAACAACAACCCUUUCUUCUUCUUUGUUUGCUGGUAAGAACUUGUUUCAUUGCGGAUCAAAGGCUGUAAGAAGGAAAAAUGUCAAGGAAUGUAGGGCUCUUCAUCUGCAUCUUGAUCCUAGCCAUGGAUGUUUCAGCUGGCAUUCUUGGCAUUGAAGCCGAAUUAGCUCAGAAUAAGGUGAAGCAUUUGAAGAUGUGGAUAUUCGAGUGUAGAGACCCAAGUCACUCCGCCUUCAACUACGGCUUAGCUGCAUGUAUCCUUUUGGUGUUAGCCCAUGUAACGGCUAAUUUUCUAGGUGGAUGUCUCUGUGUUGUGUCAAGACAAGACCUUGAAAAAUCCUCUGCCAACAAACAGCUCGCCGUGGCUUCUCUGAUAUUCUCCUGGAUCAUACUGGCAAUUGCAUUCUCCCUGUUGAUCGUAGGGACGAUGGCAAACUCAAGAUCGAGGAGAGGUUGUGGGAUUUCACAUCAUCGGGUUCUGUCCAUAGGAGGAAUCCUCUGUUUCAUUCACGGGCUUUUCGCUGUUGCUUACUACAUCUCUGCAACUGCUUCAACACGAGAACAGACACACACUGGCCAUGCUUGAAUAAAAAUUUGUAGACCACUUUUUCAUAAAACUUAACCCAAUGUUUAAAUCUGACUAAAAGAUAUAUAAUAUACCUAUACGUUGUUUGCAUC